AUGCAGCGUUUUCUGCCGUUCCUGCCCGAUGGCGACUCAGCGGGAGCGGGGGGUGAGGCGCUGGCGGUGAUCGAGGACGACAUCGAAUGGCUGCUGACCGCUCCCACCGAGGAGCUAUGGGCGGUGGCCAAGUCCGACCCCAGCCUCGCCAUGCUGGUCGCCACCUUCCUGCAGUAUGCCAGGCGGCCCUUUGAUGAAAACUUCCAGCAGCAGUCUGCAACCGAGGCGGCCAUCUGGCAGCGCAUGCUGCCGCUGCUGCACCGCCUGGUGUGCGCGGAGGAGCGGGGGGCGCCACUUAAAGCCGACCGCGCCGCGCUCCUCUCCCGCCUCCUCGACUUCCCUCGCCUGCUGGACAUCUGCGCUCUGUACGGCGCCAUGCCUGGCAACGGCAGCGGCGGCGGCGGCAGCCGCGACCAGCCGGCGCAGGUGGUGGCAGGCGUGCUGGCGCUGCUGCCGAAGCUGGGCAGCCAGGCGGCGCAGGCGGCGCCCAUCAUCGCCCACAACCUGGGCCAGGUGGCUGAGGCGUGCCUGACGGCCGCGGGCCAGGCCACCAAGCAAGCAGACAUGAUGCGGAGCUUGCAGGACGGGAUCUCUUACCUGCGAGACACCUGCCUCACUCUGGCCAGCCUGGUGGCCGCCCACCCUGCCGCCGCGGCGGCGCUGCUGCAGCAGGGCCCGGAGCCGGUGGAGGCGCUGGGGGCGGUACACGACCAGCUGCUGCCUGCGGUACACAGUCUGGCCCGCAGCGCAGCAGCCGGUGGCGCCCGCCCCGACCUGCUGCUGCUGCUGCGCCGCGCGUGUCACGUUGAGCUGGCCAGCGAGCGGCUGGCCCAGCUGCUGCUGCUGCACGGCUACCUGCAGCCGGCGGCGGCGCCCGCCAGCGGCGCCGCCGCAGCUGGCAGCAGCGCCGCGGGCGGCGCCGGCGGCUCGCCGGUGGCCCGCGGCGAGGCGCUGCUGCACGCCCUCAUGCUGCUGGGCCACCGCGAGGAGGAGGCCGGCGGCGGCGGCGGCGGCGGCGGCGGCCUCAGCUUGGGCCACGCCCUGGCGCAGCGGUUUGGGCUGGGCGGCAGCAUCCAGGCCGCACUGCUGGGCGGCAGCCUGUCCCUGGACGACGCGCAGGCAGACUAUGUGGCAGCGCUGCUGGGGGUGUCGAGCCUGGCGGAAGCGCCGGGACCGCCGCUGCCAGGCGGCGGCCGCGGCCGCCUCGGCGGCGGCGCAAACGGCAGCGCGCCCGCCGCCACGGCCGGUGGCCCGGCGCCUGCUGCAAGGGACAUGGCUGCGCUGAAGACCCAGAUCCAGCAGGUCAGGGACCUGCUGCCAGGGUACGGCGACGGCUUCGUGGCCGCCUGCCUGCAGCAGCUGGGCGGCAGCCCCGAGCGCGUGGUCAACGCGCUGCUGGAGGGCCUCCUCCCUGCGCCGCUGGCGGCGCUGGACGCCCAGCUGGGCCUGGCCGCGUGGCAGGCGGCGGCGGACAAGGGCAAGCAGCCCGCGGCGCCCUCCUAUGACUCCGAGUUCCCGGCCACCCUGCCCGGCAGCGGCAGCGGCGCUGGAGGCGUGUCGGCGGCUGCGUCGUCGUCGGCGGCUGCGGCGGCGGCGGCAGAGGCUGCGGGCAGAGCGGGGGCGCCGCGUGCCGAGGACAGGACCGCGCGGUACCUGGAUGUGCGGGACGCUUCGUACCGUGAGGCCCUCGUCACCGCCGCCAACGCGGCCCAGUGGGAGUAUGAUGAUGAGUGGGAUGAUUCGAUGGAGGACCUGGUGAAGUUUGGGGCGGCCGGUGCUGCGGAGAUAGAGGAGGAUGAGGAGGCGGCGGGGGUGCUGGCGCCGGGGUACGGGCCCGGGCCCUCCGCCGCGGCCGCCCAGCGCGGCAUGCAGGGCCUGUCGCUGCAGGCGCAGCCGCAGGGGGCCGCGGGGCGGCGCGGCGGCGCGGCGCCGGGCCUGCAGUCGGCGGCCGCCGCAUCCCAGCCCGGCGUCGGCGCCCAGGCGGCGGCGGGGGCGCAGCCUCAGCAGGCGCAGCGUGGGCCCAAGGCCAAGGGCAGCAAGCUGUGGGUGCUGGAUGGCCGCAUUUACAACUAUGCCAAGCCUGGGGCGCAGGAGGUGAGCGGCCGGGAGGAGGCAGGCGCGGUGCUGGCGGCAGCGCAGCAGGCCUCGCAGGCGGUGAUGGGGCUGGGCCCCGGCGGCAACAAGCCGUGGCGGGCGCAGGAGCAGCAGCAGCAGCGGCAGCAGCAGCAGCAGCGGCAGGAGGGCCCUGGCGGAGCUGCGGGCGAGGGCAGUGGCGCUGGGGCCGCGCCGGGCGGCGGCGGCAGGGGUGGCGGCGGCGGGCGUGAUGGCGGCGGCGGCGGCGGCGGAAGAGGGCGAGGCGGGCGGGGCGACCAGCGCUUCAAGGAUCAGCACAAGGCCGCCAUCGGCAACCACCACCGCAAGGACAGGGCGGCAGCCAAGCAGGGCCGGGGCAUGUGGUGA